AUGUCGCUAAUUAAAGAUUCCACUGUUAUAUUGAUAACAGGAACUUCAUCGAAUUUAGGAUUCAAUAUUGCUAUUAGAUUACUUGAGAAAUUACCACCAUCUGAACCAAUAACGCUUAUUGUGACUUCGAGAACUUUACCAAAAGUAAAAGAACUGAUCAAUGAUAUAAAAAAAUACGUCACUGAAAAUAUAGCAAGUAGAACCGGUGAACUUGAGUUUGACUAUUUAUUGGUUGAUUUUACUGACAUGGUAUCAAUUUUAGCUGCCUAUUUUGAAUUAAAUAAAAGAUACAGACAUAUAGAUUAUUUGUUCGUUAAUGCAGCACAAGGUGUAUAUAGUGGAAUUGAUUGGGUCGGUGCAACUAUAGAAGUAUUCAAGAAUCCAAUCGAAGCAGUUACGAAUCCAACUUAUAAGUUACAACGAGUAGGGGUUAAAUCUGCCGAUGGUUUAGGUUUAGUAUUUCAAGCAAAUGUAUUUGGUCCAUACUAUUUGAUACAUAAAAUAAAGCAUUUAUUAAGGAAUGGCGGUAAAAUUAUUUGGAUAUCCUCCAUAAUGUCGGCUCCCAAAUAUUUAUCAUUUAACGAUUUGCAAUUAUUAGAAUCACCUGCUUCAUAUGAAGGUUCCAAGCGAUUGGUUGACUUGUUGCACUUUGGAACUUACAAACAAUUAAAGAAACAGUAUGGGAUUGACCAAUACUUGGUUCAUCCUGGUAUUUUCACUAGCUUUUCCUUUUUCCAAUAUUUGAAUUUCUUUACAUAUUAUGGAAUGUUGUGCUUGUUUUAUAUCGCAAGAUACCUUGGAUCUCCAUAUCAUAACAUUUCAGGCUACAUUGCUGCCAAUGCACCAACUGCAUGUGCCUUAGGAAAAGUUAGAUCGGGAAAUAAGGUUGGGUCCGUUUGUGAUAGAUCAGGUAGAGAAUAUCUCAAAAUUGAAGAUAUGGAUACCACUGGUUCAGAAGAUGUAGUUAAAUAUUUGGAAGAAUGCACCAAAGAAUGGGAUGAAAAGUUAAAAUCUCAGAUUGCAAAUACGCGUCAACCAUAA